AAUGGCAUCGAUGUUGUGACAGCUCUAGUGGAAAAGUGACGUGAAGUUGUGCUGUUUUUUUUUUUUGUUUUUCGUUCGUUUAUCGGUGGCGUUUUUUCGUUGACCAUUCGUCAUCGUUUUGGACUGUUUGUCCUUGCAAAACUGGCCGUGUGCCGUGGAGUUGUAGUUCCGCCGCGUUUUUUAAAGGAACUUCCGGAAUCCACGGAUGCGCUGUUGUUGUUGCGCGAACGAAAACGCAUAAUCUUCAUGUUGAGUAUUACCUAAAGAUGCUGUGAUGGCGAAGAUGGCAUCGGGAGAUCUCUCGCUGACCAGCACGAGCAGUCAGGAGGAGGAGAGCUCGGAGUAUGUGGGCUAUGAUAACACCCUCCGUCCGCCGUCCAACUCCAGUGGCAGUACCACGGCCGCCAAUAUUGCCAACAACAACGGCCCCUCGAAGGGCGUCAACAGCGGAGUGGGCGUGUCGGGGGUUUCCGGCGGAAACGGCACAAAGUACGAUCUGCUGCAGGCGCAGUACAAGUCCGCGCUCGUGGAGCUCAACACAUUGCGCCACCAGCACGCCAGUACGAAACGGCGCUGCGAUGAACUGGCCACCGAGCUAAGUCUCUAUCAGGAGCACUACGUGGCCGAUCGCAACAAGUUCACGGACAUAGUGGAGGAGAGCGCCCGGCUCAAGCGCUUGCUGCUGGAGACCCAAAACCAGCAGAGUCAGCAGGCCCAGAAUGGGAACACCCAGGGUCCACCCGGGGCCGGUGGGAAUCCUUAUUACUUUGGGAAGUCCCAGGGCUGCGAUGGCAGCUGCAGCGAGAAGCUGGCCGAGCUUAAGAAAGAGCGCAACAUGGCCGCAGUGGAGCGGGAGAAGUACAAGAAGUCAUACAUCGAGCUGGAGAAGGAUCGCAACUACUACCGGGAGCGGGGCGAUGAGAACCAGACUCUGAAGCUCCUGCUCUCCAAGGAGACCAAGAACGUGGUCUCCCUCACCGAGGAGCUCAAUCAGCUACUCUCCGAGAAGGAUAACGUGCUGCAGGAGCACCAGAAGAUGUCCGAUGAUCUGGUUUUGGCCAACAAGGAGAUCGAGCGAUUAAAAAAGGAUGAGCAGCUGUCCAGGGGCGAGAUAAAGGCUCUACAGUUGGCCAACGCUGAGCUGAAGAAGCGCGACCUGCUAAAAUCGCGAGAGAGCUCGUGGUCAAAGGAAUUCCCCAGCGGAAAAGAGCUGGAGAACAGCAAAGAGUUGGAAAAGCUGCGCAAGAGCCUGGAGAAAGCCCUCUCCGAGGUGGAGCGCUCCAGCCAGGACGCAGAGGAGGCGAAACGCGUCCGGGAUUGGGCCAUAUCGCAGCGCGAAAAAAUCGUACAGGAGCGGGACUCGGUAAAGACGCUCUGCGACAAGAUGCGCCACGAGCGAGACAAGGCCAUCUCCGACUCGCUGAUGGCCAUCCGCGACAGCGAAAAGAUCAAGAAGCAGAAGGAUGAGGCCCAGAAGAAGAUUGACCUGCUGAAGGAGCAAAUGGAGCAGCAGGAGCGCCACAAUCUAGAUAGUAAUGCCUCCGGAUCCCGACGUAGUUUCCGCCUGAGCAGCUACGAGGGUGAGGAUCUCCUGGAAGUAGAGCUGUGCGGCUACGAGCACACCUCCGAUCUGGGCAUUAUCCUGGAUGACAGCAACAAGCGGAAGCUGGUGUGCGGCGUGACCAGCAGUUCACCCGCUUGUGGCAAGCUAAAGAUCAACGAUGUGAUCUGCAAGGUGAACAACCUGGACUGCCAGUCCCUGACCAAGCGCAUGGUUCUCGACGAGAUUCGCGCCUGUGCACCGCGAUCCCUGCUCCUGGUUUCCCGCACGCGUCACAGCAAGCGGCAUGCAUAUUCGGUUCAACUGAAGACCAGGGAUCGGGACUGCCCGCAUGGCCUGCAGCUGGACAUGGGCGUAUUCAUCGCAAAGAUCGAGCAGAACUCGCUGGCCUUCUACGAACCGGAGCUGGACGUGGGCGACCGAGUGCUGAGCAUUAACAACAAGUCGAUGGACUCGGUGCAGUCCAUCGAGGAGGUGAUGCAGCUCCUCAAUGAUCCGCGAAGCGAUGGUCUCAACCUGUUUGCCCUGAAGUACGUGCAAGAUCAGCUGCCACCGGGCAUGACUACCUCGUCGGCGCAAACGGACUCCAUCGACUCCAUGCAGCACGUGACGAGUGGCGGCGGAGGUGGAGGAAGUGGAGCCAUUGGCGCCACAAAACAUCCGUCCAAGUUCGCUGAGUUCUUCUUCAGAAAGCUAAAGUUCAGCAAGCCGGGCACACCGGAGGAAAAUUUGGAGCAGGAGCACGACGACGCCAUCGCGGCCCUCGACUCGGUGCUGAGUGAGAACAGCUCUGAGAAGAGCAAGGAGAAUCUGUUUAACCGCAAAAAGCGCACCAAGAAGGAGAAGGAGGCCUCCAAGAGCAUGGGCACCUGGCCGCGCACCAACAUCUCGCACGACAAUCCAACGGGCACCAUGCGGGGCAACGAGAAGAAGCACGCCCUGAUGUCGCUCUUUACAGCCGGUCCCAUCAACGUGGACAAGGACGAUGAGCUGGUGGGCGAGGUUGGAGUGCCGGAGAAGCAGCCGCCAGUGUUGAUGCAGGAGCAGCUACCUCCGCCGCUGCCCCCUCAGAUGUCAAAGCCCCUGGCCCACAUCCGGGGAGCCAACGGGAGUGCCAUCAAGGCGCAUCCGAACCGCAACUCCAAUCCGGUGAGCUCAGGAGUCUCGGCACUGUUUCCCGCCGCUUCAUCGGGAGGAGUGCCCAUGGCCGGCUAUCCCACCCACCCGAGGUACUCGCUCUACGGCGGAGUCGUGACUCCCGAGGAGACCAACCAAAAGCCGAUGCAGCGAGCCCCACUGAUGGGCGCCAAUGCUAGGGUGAAAAUGCCCUCGCAGGAGCGCUACGGAUCCAGACCGCACAGUAACCACCGCUUGUCGCUGAACAUCACACCCAGCGGGGAUUUUUACCAGCCCAAAACCAGUGGUCAGCAGGCCCAGCAGCAGGUGAUGAAUGCCUCGUCGGCUUCGGCGGGCUUUGCCAUGGGAUCGGGAUCGAUGGGUGGCGUGACGGGUCCGGCGGCCGGCGAGUUUCCAGUGCGCAAACAGCAGGUAUUCGACGUCUUCCACCCGCCGCCACUGCCCAAAAACAGCUCCGGAUCCAAUCCUAAUGCCGUGUUCAUGCCUCUUAACCCGCCGCGGGGUAGUCACCUGCUGCCCGUGGGCCAACCGCCGGACGUGGUGUCCCUGAAGUCGCAGAACUCCAUAGAGUCCAUACUGUCCGCCAAGAGUCCGGCCAUCAGCGAGUACGGGGUGUAUGCCAAGCGCCAUGUGCCGCAGGCGGUGAGGCAUGUGCCCAAAUACCCGAGCGACAGUGAGAGCAUUGGCUCUGGCAUUCACGGGGGCUAUAGCGGCUUCCUGCAGUCCAACCACCAUCCGGGAAACCGGCACACGCAGCUCUUCCCCACUUUUGGGCCCGGGGUCAGGAGCAACCGUAGGUCCAGUCCAUUGACCCUGCCCUCACCACCGCCUCAACAGCAGUUGCAACAACUGCCGGCGGCAGUGGCACCCCACGACAGCGUUGGAAUACCCACUGACCUGGAUUACCAUCAGCACCAUCAUGCGCAGACGAACCCGCUGCCACAUUCUCAUCCCCACCCGCAUGCUCCCUACGUGGACUACGGUCACGGGCCGUAUCCCUACAUGGGAGUGGCCGGAGGAGGAGUCCCGGGGGUGGGCGGUGUCAUCUACGAAGGCGGAACCUUUCCGCGUAAGAAGGACAACCAGCGGUUGAGGAUCCCAUCCAAUCCCAGUGUGGCCAGCAAGAGCAGCAGCAUGGUGAAGAACAGCUCCGGCAGCAUUGACCAUCACUACAUGAUGAGUACGGCGCCAGCUUCCGGUGGAUCCAUGUCAGCCUCGUCCUCGGAUCGUGCACCAAUUUCCCUCAUGAGCUCCAGCAUUCACAAUAGCUACGGUGCCAACAUGGCAGGAGGAAAUGGAACUGGAUCUGGAGUAGGAGUGGGAGGAGGCGGAGGAGGAGGAGGUAGUGGACGCGGAUCGCCCAUGCCGCAGGUCCAUGUGGAAGUCCUCAGCCACGGAGGUGGCGGAAGUGGCAAACGCAACUCCAAUGUGCCCGCGGAUUUUCUCUGCCCUGGAGACCUUAGAAGAGUCACCAUCGACAAGCGCGACAAGUCGCUCGGUAUUACCAUUCAGUGCAACAACAACGGCGGUGGAAUCUUUGUUUCCACCGUCGCCGACAAGAGCACAGCGAUGCGUGCCGGUCUCCAAGUGGGCGAUCAACUCUUGGAAGUAUGUGGCAUCAACAUGCGGGCGGCCACGCAGGAGAUUGCGGCCAACGUGCUGCGGCAGUGCGGCGACUCCUUCACCAUGCUGGUGCAGUAUAAUCCGGAGAAGUUCCCUUCAAUGGAGUAUGACGGAGCGCACAAUCUGGAACCAGAAUCUCCCGUCAACCAUUCGGGCUCCCCAACUCCACGCAACUCCCCGCGUCCUCCAGCUCGCAACUCGCUCUUCCCACUGCCUUUGCAGCCGCAGGCCCCUUCAACACGAUCCGGCUCGAGGGCCCCGCUCUCGCACCAGUCCAUCAAGGACCAGAGCUUCACCGACAGCCUGGAGAACCAGUCGGACAUCAGCAGCAGCCAGGACAUGCCCUCGUCGGCGGCCACCACCACCACGACGACAGCCUCGGCCACGUCGACGGUCUACGAUGAGGAGCCCAAGCCCGCCUUGCCGCCGCCGCCAGCAUCCGUUCCGGCAGAGACUCUGAGGUAUGUGACCUUGCACAUGGACAAGUCCAAGAACCUAGGCAUUAAGCUGUUCGGGGGCAACAAAGUGGGCAUCUACGUGCAUGACGUGGCGCCCGGAUCGCCCUCGGAUCAUGCAGGAAUACGCAAGGGCGACCAGAUACUGGAGUACAACGGUGUCGACUUAAGCGGAGUCACUGCCGAACAGGCGGCCAAUGAGAUCUCCAAGCUCACGGAUACGGUCACUAUGCUGGUGCAAAAUAAGCUGCACACUCUGAAACAAAUUAAAGAUGAGCCUGGGGACUCCUUUUACAUUCGAGUGGGGUUUGAUCGUAUUGGUGAGUUGAACGAGGACGACUUGCGUUUUGUAAAGGACGAGGUGCUCUACGUGGACAACACGGUUUUUAACGGCACCUUUGGCUUGUGGCGAGCCUGGAAGCUGGAUGCCAUGGGCCAUCGGAAGGAAUGCGGCAUCAUACCCAGUCAAAUGAAGGUGGAAGAGGAACUACGUUCGGGAGAAGUGGUGGACUGUGAUACUGGAACCGCCAGACGCGGCAGCACUUCUGCCAGGAGAUCGUUUUUUCGUCGCAAGAAGAACCAGCGUAGCUCGUCCCGCGACUCCACGGAGAUUGCCAGCUUCAGCAAUACGCAGCUUAGCUUCUUUCCAGACUUAGGCCUGCUCAACGAUGAUGGCGGAGCCCUUAGCUACCAGCGUGUGGAGCUUUUAGAUUCGCCCAUUCGUCGGCCUGUACUGAUCAUUGGGCCUCUGUCCGAGUGUCUCAUGGACCGCCUCACCAUUGACUUUUCCAACCUCUUCAAGCUGUGCGAGGUGACUGCCAUGGACUGCUCGCAGGAGGCUAUGGAGGAGGGUUUGAAGGAGAACAUAUUUGUGGACUACCGGCGACGGGGCAACAAGUUCGAGUGCACUACAGUGGAGGCCAUCAGCAAUGCCUGCAAGAACGAUCGACGUCACUGCAUUCUGGACGUUUCCAUCUCCGCAGUGGAGCGUCUGCAGCGCCUACAAAUCUACCCUAUUGUGCUACUGCUGCGCUUUAAGUCCGCAAAGCAGAUUCGCGACAUUCGCGACUUUGGCACCGACAAAAUCUCGGCCAAGGCGGCCAAGGAGAUGUACGAGCGGGCCAUGAAGCUGGAGACCGACUAUAAGCAGUACAUAUCAGCCGUCAUCCCCGGCGUUAGCAUCAAGCACAUGUGCACCCAAAUCAAGGACGCCGUCGACAAGGAGCAGGACAAGCUGCUUUGGGUGCCCGUGUCGAGUGCCUGAUGCGAUCGGAUCACCAGGACAACCGCGUCCUGGGAUCUUCCUAGUUUUAGUUAUUAGCACACAACGCGACACUCACGCCUAGUAUUUUUUCAACGCGCAUCAAUAGUAUCGAGUUCGUAUUCGUUUUGUUUAACGCAGAGUAUUCAAUGGGCGUCGACUUGCAACUAAGUAGUUUGCAUUUAGGGCGCGGUAUUUCUACCUGUUUCUUGUCUCUGUCACCUAAUUUAUGUCUGUAGAUGUAGUCUCUGCUCGCGGAUCGUCUGUCAAGCUUACGUUGAUCACAAGAAAGGGGAAUGCUUCCACAAGUUAUAUAUCUUAUUUAUAUAUCCCGUUCGGAACUAGAUUUCCUCCUUGGGCGACAUUCUAAGCCGAAAGUCUGUUUGAAUGCAAUUUAUUAUUAUGUAUUUGUAAGUAAACACAUUGACUUUAUUUUAUUUACAUAAACGAUUCGAUAAACUCGGUGGCAAUAGGGAGUUUGACUUUAAACCCUUGAACUGUUCAACUGUGUAUAUUAAAUAGUUUCAAUUAAUCCAAUUUUCUUUGAGAACUGCUUCUAAUUCGAGCUUUACUUACAACUUUACUUAUUUUGGCAAGUGCCUUUGGCCGACCCUGAAAAUAAAAACUCGGCUAGUUAAGCAA